CUCCGAUCACCCUCGUCCGUCUAGUCGCGCUGGUUUCAUCCGUCAGAAACAUUUCGUCGUUUCACAAUUCUCCGUGGUCGGUCUGAGAAGGAAUAUACAAAAAAAGCAACCACUGAUGAUGGCGAAAUAUCAAAACGAUAGACCAGCUAGACAAGGCAAUGUGAUCUGGAAUGAUCAAAUGGAUAAUAUACCCACAUUUUAUUACAAGCCCCUUGAGGUGCCAAAGGAAUUUCAAUAUCUCCCUGACAGGAUUUCUGAAUACCUCAAUGGAAAGACUCUCUUUAUUACUGGAGGGUCGGGAUUUUUGGGCAAAGUCCUUAUCGAAAAGAUACUGCGUAAAGCCCCUAACGUGACCAAGAUCUACAUGCUGAUGCGAUCAAAGAAAGGAAAGGAUGCAAAGCAGCGUAUUGAAGAACUGUUCAAUUCUGUUGUGUUCUCCCUUUUGAAAAAACAACAUGGGAAUAAGAUAGUAGAAAAGGUCGUCCCAAUUGCUGGCGAUGUCAGUCAGGCCAAUUUGGGAAUUUCACCAGAAGACAGAAAACUGCUUCACGAUUCUGUUGAGGUGGUUUUCCACGCUGCUGCCACGAUCAGGUUCGAUGAGCCUUUAAAGAAAGCUGUGCUUCUCAAUACCCGAGGGACCAAGUACAUGAUAGAGCUUGCUGAAGAAAUGAAAAAACUCGAGGUAUUUUUACACAUAUCUACUGCAUAUUGCCAGUUGGACCAGAAAGUCCUAGAAGAAACACUCUACUCCUGUCCGAACGACCCGCAUAAAAUCAUCAAAAGCUGUGAACUCAUGGAUGAAGAAUUAGUCGACAAAGUUAGCGAAAAAAUAUUGAAAGAAUUUCCAAAUUCAUACGCUUUUACGAAAAACCUGUCUGAGAGCCUUAUCAGUGAUGCGAUAAAUAAAGGCAUGCCUAUUAUAGUCCUGAGACCUUCAAUUGUCAUUCCAACUUGGUUAGAGCCAAUCCCAGGAUGGACGGACAAUAUAAAUGGACCGACAGGGCUACUUAUCGGUGCUGGAAAAGGUGUUAUCCGGACUAUGUAUUGCGAUAACAGCGGAUAUGCUGAUUACAUGCCAGUGGACAUUUGUGUGAAUGGAAUCCUGAUCGCUCUCCUCAAUUACGCUGUUUUUGGAAACAAACACUUGAAGGUGUACAACGUUUGCUCCAAUGAGGAAUGGAAAAUAACCUGGCAACAGAUCAUCGAUGUCGGUAAAGACAUUAUCACUAAUGAAGUGCCACUUAACAAUGCUGUCUGGUACCCAGGAGGCAGCAUGAAGCGCAGUCGAUUCCUGCAUAAUAUCUGCGUCAUACUUUUUCACAUGCUACCUGCCUACUUUAUCGAUUCACUAAUUUAUUUAGCUGGUCAUAAACCUGUGCUGCUGAGAGUGCAAGACAGGAUUAAUAAAGGAUUUGAAGUAUUUGAGUAUUAUGCAAACAAUCAAUGGGACUUCAAAAACGAUAAUCUAAGAAAUUUACGAAACGUUUUAAAUGAACGAGAAAAGCUUGAGUACUGCAUCAAUGGCACAUCUAUGGACAUGAGGCUUUACUUCAGGGAUUGCAUUCUUGCCGCGCGUUCCUAUAUCCUCAAGGAGCCCCCAGAGACUAUCCCCGGGGCCAGAAGGCAUAUGAGAAUGAUGUACUGGGUCGAUGUGCUCACAAGAAUCGCAUUCCUCUUCUUUAUCUUUUGGUUCUUCAUGUCUUCAGCAGGGCCCCUCUACAACUUUGGGCAGACUGUGUACAAUCUUAUUUGCCAUAUACUUUCUUUUUUCACAACUGAUUCUACUGUGCAGUCGCUUAAAAAUGAAGUCUGAUAAGGGUUUUAAACAUAUAAUUGCAUUUUUGUUAGAAUAGCUUAGGGUUUUAGUUUUAGAAUUAAAUUUUAAGAACGUAAGUAUUAAAAUUGUCUUGUUUUAUUAUUGUUUUAGUUUUUAAAAUAAAAUUAAAGCUUAGGUUAUCAUAUUACAUUAUAUAAUUUUUAUUAAUCAAAUUUUAACUGUGAUAUAAUCACAAUGUCCAUCUUAAAUAUUAUAAUGUAUUAAACAUAUUUCAUAUCUAUGUAUGUGACUAUAUAUUUAUGAUAGUAAAAGAUUAUUUCUAGUGAUAGAAGUUAAUUUUUCAUCAAACUUAAAUCAAAAUUAAUUAUACUGUUCA